AUGGUAAAAAGGUUGAAAUAUCUAAAAAAAAUUAUCGAUAAAUAUAAACAUUGUAAAGUUAGAGAUGAUAUAGAUUUGGAAAGAAUUGACAAGAGUGUAAAGGAAGGUGGAUUUUUACCUUUCCUACCUUUGAUAUUUGCUGGUCUGACCGCAGCAGAAUCCACAGCUGAAGCUUUACCCCAUAAAGAUCCUCCAAAACCGAUAGAAUAUGGUGGUUUUAUAAUUAGGACAUUAGAUGAUAUAAAACAUUAUUUUUCAAAUCCAAACCCAAAGAGCAUUACACCAAUAGUUGAGAAUGAAGAGUUGUUGUUUAAUGGAUUUAGAAUAAGAUUUGGUGGAAAUUCACCAAUAUUCAAAAUCGAUACAAAAGACUUUAUAUUUACAUUAACAGAAGGAUUAAUAGAUUUAAAGAAUGGCGGGGAUGUUGAUAUUGCCGAUUAUAAGGAUUUUGUAGAAUACUCAGAAUUUAUACAUACGAUAAGAAAGACGGGACCCGAAACAAAAAGAUUAAAAGAAGUUGAUCAAUAUAUAAAAGCUAUUAUUAAUCAAGAUGAUGAAUAUGCUGAAGACAAUCCAAUCAUACAAGAAAUAGACGAAUUGGAAGAGAAGAUAGCUAGAGAAAAAUGUGUACAAGGUAUAACGUUUUUAUCCGACAACAACGAGGAUCUACUUAAUAUAGAUUAUAGAUAA